CCACGACCAAAACCCUCCUCACUCUCAGCUCAGCUCAUCCAUUGGCGAAACGACUAUUUAAGAAACCUAAAGCAUAUACGUCACGCAAAGUACGGAUAGCGAAUCUUUUGAUUAAGAGGAAGGAGAUAAUGUCGCGUCGCUCGAGCAGGAAAACUGCUAUUGCUUCGUACGCUGAGACGCCGGAUCGCGAGAUUGAGAAGGGGGUUAUUGAGAUUGACGAGGCUGUGAGCGAAGAGACUGCGAUUAAGAAACGAGGGGGGAAGACAGCCGCGGUGAAGAAAGAGAGCCCUGCUGCUGCUGCGGCGAACGGCAAGACCGGCGCUUCAAAGACCAGUAAACCCACCGCCUCGAAGAGCAAGAUAGAAGCCGAGAUCUCGCCACCGCCGACAAAGAGGAAGAUCAAAGACGAAGACUCAGACGACGAAGAAGAGAAGAUCAUUGAGAAACCUGCGAAAAAACCGGUUAAGAAGCGGAAAACGAAGGAAGAGGCUGAGAACGACGCUAUGCCUGUCGCUGCGCGUACUGCUGUUGCGACGUUGAAGAGGAAGAUGUACAUCGGUGCGCAUAUCAGCGCUGCAGGAGGCGUCCAAAACUCCCUCCCCAACGCCCUCCACAUCGGCGCCAACAGCCUCGCCCUCUUCCUAAAAUCACAGCGAAAAUGGACAUCCCCUCCCCUCGCCCCUUCGGCCACCUCCGAAUUCCUCUCCCUCAGCAAACAACACUCCUAUGACCCCUCCAAGCACAUCCUCCCCCACGGCUCCUACCUCGUCAACCUAGCCCAAUCGGACCCGGAGAAGGCGGAGCAGGCGUAUACAUGUUUCCUGGACGACUUGGCGAGGUGCGAAGCCCUGGGGAUUGGGUUGUAUAAUUUCCAUCCGGGCAAUACGGGGGGUCAGCCGAGGGGGGAGGCGAUUGGACGGAUUGCGGGGAUGUUGAAUAGGGCGCAUAAGGCUACGAAAUCCGUGGUCACGCUGUUGGAGAAUAUGGCGGGGGCGGGGAAUGUAGUUGGUUCGCAGUUUGAGGAUUUGGGGGAUAUCAUCAAACUCGUUGACGACAAAACCCGCGUGGGGGUGUGCAUAGACACCUGCCACGCCUUCGCCGCCGGUUACGACCUCCGCACCCCCGAGGCGUUUGAAAAGACAAUGAACGAAUUCAACUCCAUCGUCGGCGCCUCCUACCUCCGCGCCCUCCACCUCAACGAUUCCAAAACCCCCCUCGGCAGCCGCCGCGACCUGCACGCCAACAUCGGAACCGGUUUCCUCGGUCUCCGCGCAUUCUGGAAUGUAGUCAACUACCCCAGCUUUGAGGGUCUACCGAUGGUGCUGGAGACGCCGAUUGAGAAGAUGGUUGGGGGGAAGAAGGUGGGGGGGGAGGAUAGGGGGGUGUGGGCGAGGGAGAUUAAGUUGUUGGAGGGGAUGGUGGGGGGGGAGUGGGGGGAAAAAGAGAUGGGGGCUGAGGAAAGGCUGCAGGAGGAGGGGAGGGAGGAGAGGGAGAGGUGUGGGGGGCAGGUGGAGAGGAAGGCGCAGAAGACGUUGGAUGGGAUGUUUAAGAAGGGAAAGGGGAAGAAGAAGGUGAAGGUUGAGACGGAUGAUGAGAGUGAGGGGGGGUGUAGUCAUUGAUCGGCUACUUCACAAUGCUCUGGGGCCGUGAAUGGUGAAAGGCGUUGGGUGGAAGGUAUCUGGAAAGAUGCCUGUGUAUAGAUAUAUAUUUAGUAAUAAGAAACCCAGAAUCAAAAGUCUGUUGAACUCG